AUGAGUUUGGAGGCAUUCCGCUGGUACGACUUGGUACAGGUCUGUACAGAAUUAGGAAUAGAUUUGGGGCAGAGAAAAAGGAAGCCGCACAUCAUAAAACUCCUUCAGGCCGAAGACGUCAGCGUUGAGGAGUUUACAGAGGCUUUGGAGGAAAUUCGCGGCAGGGAACAGGAGGCUCGCGAAAGAGAACAGGAGGUUCGCGAAGAGGAACGCAGAAAGCGGGCCGACGAGAAGGCUCUCAAGACGGCGAGAUGGGAGCUCGAGAAGAGCGAGUACAAGCGCGAAAUGGAGCGGCUCGACUACGAGUUCGAGCAGCUAGAGCUCGCGAAAAAAGCGCGGGAGGUUGAGUGUCUUCGUCGGCAAACACCAGGCGUUGAAGGGGUGACAGGAAAGGCGUGUCAGGGAAAGGAGAAAGUGGGAGCUGGGGACACUGAGAUGACCGGAGACCAGCGUCUUUCUCCCGACACGGCCGUCACCGUUCUUCGCAAGCCCGACCCGAACUCCGAGCGGCGGGACGGUGAGAGUGACGUGGAAGCAGCAACAGAAGUGGUGUGUCAGGAAAAGAGGAAAAUGGAAGCUGGGGUCACCGAGGUGACCGCAAACCAGCAUGUUUCCUCCGACGCGACCGACGCUGUUCCACGGAAGACCGACGCCGUUCCGCACAAGAUCUACCCAACAGCCGAGCUGCGGGAAGCUGAGAGUGAUCGGGAUCACGGAAAGGAAGAGAAGGCUCUUCGGGCGUCCAGCUGCGACUUCCUGGAGGAUGAAGGCGACGCCAAGACAGAGACGACGCCGGGGGAGUCCAGCCAGCUCAUGGAGAGCAGCGCCGAGAUGCCGGGGAGAGCGGCCCAGCAAUCAAGCCAGGAUCCUGACCGCUCUGAUCGGCACGCGUGCGGCUUUGAGGACAAGCCCACGGCGCCAUCGCAGGAGUCCAAGCGGCCCACCAGGAGGGAGGUGGUUGAGAUUUCCUUCGACGAGAUCAACCACACCUGCCUGGUGUGGUUGGGGAACCCGUACUCCAGGUCCUUCACGGAGUCCAGGUGCAGGGAGGACGACGAGUGCGCGUCCGGCAGCGAGUCGUCAUCAGGGUUGGAGGACGGGAGACCCCAAGCCGGCCAUCCCAGGGGACCUGCAACCGGCGGUGGCUGCGCGGGAAAGGGACCCUCCGGAGUCACGAUGGAGCCCGGGCGGGACCAAAUAGACCCGACGCAGGUGCCUCUAAGGACGUCGUCGUGCUCGCGGCAUGGGGGAUCCGCCACCGAGAACUUGGAGGCCGUCAUGAUCCAGCGACCGAGACGCAAGAGGAAGAGGCGGCGCCGAAUCAGCGUUGUACGCUCUAGCAGCAACGCUUCCUGCGAAGAGCGCCAAGGAAAGCGCGACGAGCGCCCCUUCAAGAAGAAAAAGCGGUCCUCGAGGCUGGGAGGGGGAAGACUCCGAGACCCUCGUCCCAACGAGCCAUGGACCCACAGCUCAAGUAUGAGCAAGCAGCCUGGACGAGGCAACAACGAGCCUGGAACGACUCGGCGAGGUUCCAGACGGAGUCACAGCUCAUCGCCUGUGGUUCAGCCUGGCGUCACGUCGGACGCGGAGACUAAGGGAGAUCUCCGAGACUGCAACUUCGAGCCUGCACGCAAGUCCAAGGAGAAGAACUUGAACAGUCCGAGUGAUGCCAAGAACAAACAGGGCGUGGGUUAG